GUGUGUGUGUAUGUGAGUGUGUAUGUGUGUGUGUGUGUGUGCAUGUGUGUGUGUGUGUAAAUAUUUUCUCAGCACUUGUGGAACCUGUCUGUCUGCUUUGAGUGUGUGUGUGUGUGUCUGAGAGAGAGAGAGAGAAAGAGAGAGAGAGAGAGAGAGAACACAGCCUGGGGUGUAGAGAAAAGCAGAAAAUACACAGAAGGACGGGAGAACUUUUACACGCCUGACGUGGACUUGAUGUGGACGAAAGCGGAGUGUGUGAAGGAGUGUGUGUGUGUGUGUGUGUGUGUGUGUGUGUGUGUGAAAGCAUGAAUCCGUGAGGAGGUCCGAGACGAUUGUUGCGAGUGUGUGUUGAAGAGAGAGAGAGGGAGAGAGAAGGAGAGAGAGAGAGAGGAAGAGAAGUCGUCUCAUGGAGAGGCUCCUCUCUGGCUAUGGGGGGAUGUCAGAGUUUUAUGGGCUCUGGGGACGAGGCCUCACACACUCUGACUGCGGAGAACCACGAAGACAUCAACACUCUGAAACUGAAGAAUAAUAAUGUUCAAAAGGCUCCGUUGCUGCAAGAGAAACCGUACCUGCAGGAUCACUUCCUGAGAGACCGCAUUUCAGACGUCGACCUGCUCACACUGUCCGCUCUGCCACAUGGGCUGGACCAGCACGAGUGGAUGGCCUUCAACACCAUCUCUUUCUUUAAGAAUAUUAAUCUCAUCUCGAGCGCUUUGUCCGAAUUCUGCACCUCGACAAGCUGCCCGACAGCUAAAGGGCCAGGAAACAAGGUGUAUGAAUGGAUGGAUGAACAUGGGAAGAAGUUGAAGUGUUCAGCUCCUCUCUAUAUAGAUUACGCCAUGUCCUACAUCCAGGAACUGCUCACAGACGAAAACGUCUUUCCCACCAGGGCAGGUGUAAAAUUCCCAAACGGAUUCAUGUUCCUGGUCCAGAAGGUGUUCCUGCUGCUGUUCCGAACUCUGACCCACCUGUACAGCGCUCACUACAGAGACGCCGUGGCUGCGGACAUCCACCCGCACCUCAACACCCUCCUCACACACUUCAUCACCUUCAGCCACACCUUCAGGCUGCUGGAGGCUUCGGAGACGGCGCCGCUUGAUGACCUCGUCAACGCUCUCACACACUAACACACACACACACACGCACACACACACAUACACUAACACACACAUACACUAACACACACACACACAGAGAGAGAGAGAGAGAGAGAGAGAGAGAGCGAGAGAGUGAGAGUCUGUGCGUACUGUUGACUGAAUCAGAAGUUUCCCUGUAGUCGAGUGAGUGUUAAACACACACAUUAACACACACACACACACACACACACACACACACACACACACACACUGAGGGCCACUAAUGAAGGAAAAAACAAGACUGAGUGGCGUGGCUGUGUGUGCAGAUCAGGCUCCUUUCUUUACUCUAGAGCAUACAGUAAAUAUUAAAGGACUGCAAACACACACACACACACACACACACACACACACCCCUACUCUCGUGGACUAUAAUAUCUGCUUGCAUACGAUAUCUGGUCUGACUGGUUUAAAAAGGAAUAAGAUCCGUUUACUUACACACACACACACACACACACACACACACACACACACACACACACUACCUUUAUCCUUUACAGUGCAUGAAGAUAUUUAUAACAUAUAAGACCUCGCGUUUGUUUUUUCUGCGUUGAUGUACUAUAUAAAUUGUACCAAAGGCUUUUUCUUUCUUUUUUUUUUAUUUAAUUUGCAUCUAGUGAAUUAGGAAAUAUGUAAAUAUUCCUACAGUUCCUAGCUCUACAGUUUACCGUUUAAUACAGGAACAAAUGGUAGAAAUGACAAUUCUGGUCAAUAAUUUUCCAGAUUUUUGGAUGCAUAGCGUCUGUAAGAUGUCUCCUCUUAAACUAAAGCAAAAGAAAUGAACAAACAAACAAACAAAACUCAACAGAAUUAUGUUUAUUUUACUGUUUUUGGUUUUUGCUCUUUUUUGGAAAAGGACUUAAAGGCUUAAAGCUCCGCCCACUUCACAUCCGUGACAUGACACACACACACACACAUUCUCAGAAUAUGGUGAUAAAGCAGUUAUAGUUUAAAAUCUUUCAAGAACUCCCAAGUAGCAGAUAUUACUGUAUAAUUUUAAACUUUCCUAAGCAAUAAAAAUAGUUUGAGUCUUAAUUAUUGUGUAAAUAUUUUAAAAAAUUCUCUCAAACUUCCAAGUACUGGAACAUAGCUUGCCUUGUGAGCCAGUUGUGUUGCUUUAUAAGCUUUUGCAGACUUUUAAAAAUAUAUAUUCCUUAUUCUUUUUAAUGUCAGACUGAACAUAAGUAUGAGAUCUAUCAAAUACAUAACAGCAGAAUAAAAUCAAUUUUAAAAAGAACUAUUGUCCCUGAAUUUCAUGUCAUUGGAGUUAGCUGGUUAAAAGCUAAUAUUUUGAAAGCACAAAAAAAAAAUGUUGAUAAGUGCUUCCAGGGUCAAAGUUCAGAAGACUGAGCAGCCAUUUCAACCAGCACCAGUAGCGUUAUAAGUUAAACUUCUAACUAAAUUCUAUUUUACUUGUGAAAUCCUUUUUCUUUUGGAUGAUUUAGGUGUCAUUGGAGUUACCCUUUUCAGACUUCCUGUAAAAUAAUGUUUACAGAAAAAUAAUAGUAUCAUAAUCAUAAUAAUAGUAUUAUAAUAAUAAUAGUAUAAUUUAUUGAUGCUGGUGUGAUUAAUGACGUGUGCUUUGACUCCGUCUCUCUCAGAAAACACGUCUUUAAUGAAAAGUCUGAAUUUUCUGAUCAGAAAUUCACCAUAUUCUGAGAAUUUAGUAUGCGUUAUUAUGAUAUACUCAUUAAUCUCCUUUAUAAACAACACUAACUAGAAUGAAACACAUUCUAGCCACAUUCAUGACACUUUAUUUUACCUUUUUAACCUAAUUAUAAAAAAAAAAUAAUAAUUACAGAGGAAUUUCUCCAAAAUUUAUUUGAUUAUUCUUGGAUUAACAUUCAAUUUUAGUGUGAAAAAAUAUGUAUAAAUUAUAUUUUUAUAACACCUCGUGGUGUUUUCUUGGUUAAACAAUAAAGAAAUGAUUUUCCAAGAAA